AUGCUGUCGUCUCUGCCGCCCCACCGGACAAGCAGUUGGAAACCUUGCAUGCCGCUCAGAAGCACCUCAAACCCCUCAUUUCCGCUCUCGACAAGGCCAAGGAGUCAGGAGCUAGAUGAGAAGAAAAUCGCCCGCCUCGUCCUUACCGUGAAGAUGGCCACUGACAUGAUCAACGCUGCGCCGUUGGACAAGAAGCUCAAGGUGAUGGAGGACUCCUUCAACUCGGUAGCCGCACCCAGCCCGCUUGAUUGCCCCACCGUCGACAAGGCCUACUGCGAGAUGCACUCCAAGGUUGAGAAGGCCGUCAAUGGAGUCACUGCGGCUGCCCCAGCAGGCAAAAUGUCAGAGGCCCAAGCUGCCGUCGUCAAGGAAACAUUGUACAACACUGGCGCCACUAUCAGCAAGGCGUAUGCAGAUGGAGAUGAGAAAAAGAUCGCUCAAGUCCUUGCUGCCUACGGUAAGGCAGCUGAUGCAGUCAUUGCGGCCGCUCCUGCUGACAAGCUCAUCGUCUUGGAGAAGACCUUCGCCACCGCCGCCGCUGGGAAUUGA